AUGGCUGUUAUGGAGCAAACGGUGAAUAAGAUCAAGAACUCUGCCUUCUACGAUGGCGAACAGCAGUGGGACCCGUUUCUGACAGCGGAGAACAUCGUGGACCACGAUAGGUUCUUGACCUACUGUCCGCAGAAGCAAGUCGCAAUCAUCAGAGCCGCGGCAGGAAUUCCAUCUUAUCUGAACCAGUACCCAGUUCGUCUAGAAUUCUUGACUGCAAAUAGGUGUAUCCGCUCAGCAUGGACGAGGUGGCAUGCUGCCUACUUAGCGGCAAAUGUAGACGCUCCGGACAGGGCUCAGGUUGACAUACCGAUUUUUCUCGUCCAUCAUGAAAACAUGAAGCCGUACUUGGUCAAUCAAAUAACCACACUCAUUUCGGAUUACAACGACAAGGUGAAUGGUAAAGCUGGUGGAGCCCCUCUCGUUGACUUGUCGUUUUAUAUCUUGAUGGACAACAACCAAGUACUGAAUGCACGAGGAGAGCCUUUGAACACGCCCGCAGCUGUCUACACAAGGCAGCAGCCCGCCGUCAGCAAACAGGAUCUGACCAAUCAGGUUCUCAACCAGAUACCUGAUGUUAUGCUGGCCCACCUGGGGGUUUACUACCAGAAGGCUCUGGGGGCAGCUGAAAGCCCGCCGCUCGCUGCGUCGCUGGACCUCGCGCGUAUGCUGUCGCUCGCCGAUACUCUGCUGGCCGUCGCCAUGCCGCAGACUCCCGCCGUCGCCGUUGACCCACCUGCCUAG